AUGUCAUCGACCACCGAUAUCAUCUUCAAAAUCGUCUUCUCUUUGAUGCUCACCAUUAAUUUACUUGGCAACUCACUUGUAAUCCAUGUGGUUCGACGAAAUCGUAGGAUGCAUACUCCAAUGAAUUACUUAUUGGCUAAUCUCGCUCUCGCCGAUCUCUUGUUUGCAGUGUUCUUUAUUCCACGAAGACUGUUUAUUACUGAAUUUAAACAGCCAGGGGGAUGGCUCGGAGAUAUUUUAUGUAAAACCUUCACACAUGCCAACCUAUCGUGGGUGGCAUCAGUCGCAGCGGUGAUCACAUUGCUCUUUAUAGCAUGGGAACGAUAUGUCGCUAUAAUUCAUCCACACAACCCCCGAGGACGCAUGACGAAAGGAAAGCUGAGGAAGUUAAUCAUCAUUUCAUGGGUUGCGUCCGUUAUAUUUCUUCUACCGGAAACGUGGGUAUUAUAUUACGAUGAACAAAUCCAAUCCUGUGCAUGGGACUUUCCUGACUGGCUAGGAAGAGCAGACUCAGCCAUGUGGCUGUUUGCUAUCGGCUUAUUUCCGCUAGGAACUAUGGGAAUCCUAUAUGGGCGCGUGGUACGCCGAUUAUGGUUCACUGCUGACCACUCCACAAGCACAGCUCAGCGCACGAUGGUUAAAUCGAGAAAAAGAGUUACCAAGGCUGUGUUAGUAGUAACUGUUGUCCUGGGAAUAUCUUGGCUGCCCAAUUUGAUCUACUACUUUCUUGAGAUGUUUCUACUAAUAAAUGACACAGCAACAAUUGAGACCAGCGUGAACUCCUCUGAGAAGGUGUUCCGUGUUGUUUCUUAUGUGUUCAUAUCAAUAAAUUCUACCGUUAAUCCUGCUAUAUAUGCUACUCAAGACACAACGUUUCGCCGUUAUAUGUGGAGGACAUUAACAAACUGCUUUGGAUCUCGGGACCGGAAAGUGUCUGGAGAUCUCCAACAGUCACAUGUCACAGUUUCAGGGGCAGCAUUUGCUUUGAGGGGAGCUGGAAUCGAAUGCAAACUUGAAAAUGCUGAAGAAAACGAGUUAGAGUACUGCCAAGAAUCACAGCAGUGA